UUUAUUACGGUUAGUCUUAUAGGAGCAUUAUGGAUUGGUCUAAUUGUAAGGUGCGAUAUCGCGACACCUCCCGAUUGGUGUUUCAGGAGUUACAAGAGAGACAUCUGGUGGGGAGAAAUUCUAUGAAGUUUUUUGAGUUUGAACUGCAGCCUUCAGUCUCUGAGAAUGAUGACAGAAACAGUUGUAAUUCCAGCAAGGACCUAGUGGACGGUACCCAUACCUCCUUAAAUCCUCUCCCACAGGUAAACGGGGAGAGCUGUGUCCCUACCACACCAAAUUUUCUCCCAUCAGUUGACAGGAGUGAACACCUCAUUCAACAGACUCUUAAAGAACACAAGGCUCUUCACAGAUCCAACACAACACCAGAUCUUCCACAGCAUCAUCUGAAGAUACGACGUAGCGUUAGUGUCAGUGGUUAUUAUCCAGAGGAAAAUUCUAAUUUCUACAAUGAGAAUAAAAGUUUAAAUCCAAGAAAUGAAAAUGCGAAUGCAAGUCAGACAUUAAGCAAAUCACAACCAAAGUCAACCCCUAGUCCUCGUCAUAGACGAAGCUUGUCUACUACAUCUGUUCAGACUUCAUUUGAUGAAAACAGUAAUCCUUUUGAAGAUAUUGAAGUGACAAGUAGGUCUAGUAAACAUGUUUCACAGGGAACUAACACUACAGACUCCCUAGAACGGCCAAGGAAACGAAACAAAAGUGGUGGAGAUGUGGCAAGCAAAGCCCCAGCUAAGAAACCUAUAAACUUCCCAGAAAAGUUAGUCAGAGGAAAAAGGAUGGGGACAUAUAUCUAUGAUCAGUCACCAGAAAUGCAGGUUUUGGUGGCAUCCACAAGUCCUGUUUUGUUUCGCAGGAAACCUUCUGCUAAAGGUAGAAAUCGCCCCAGAUUGCCAGCCAAUGAGAUUUAUUGUAAUAAUGCACAGAACAUGAUCAACAACAUGGAUACUGUUGAAAUGGAGAUGGAAUUAAAAAGACAGGAAGAUGCAUUUCUAAAAAAGGAUGUGUCACAAACUUGGCAUGGAUCAACGGCCAAUAAAUGGAAGAUUUUGUAUGCCCCAGUUGCAGAGCAACUGAAUAACAGACAUAUUGAAAAUGGCUAUCAAACACUUCCUUCAAAAACAUCACUUCUAGAUGAGAUGCACAAGAAAUACUGUGCUUACCAGUAUAAGAAUAAGAAUUUCAUAAAUGUUGAUAUGAAUGGAACACUUCCUCCUAAAUUCCAGUCAAGCCCCCCUCCUCCUGAUCGCAUGAAAUCUCGCUCUUGGCUUCUUCAGCAUUACACAAUACCCUUACCAGUGUCCUCCUCCUCCUCCUCCCCAGACAGUCCGGAGGAAAAUAAAAAAUUAGGGAACAAGAAGACUAGUCCUUCUCCCAAAGAACAAGACUCUGGGAAAGAGACUGUGGAACAGGCAUCCAGUCCUAGUGAAGAGGAAAAAGAUGGUCAAGAACCAGUCAAACAGCAAGGAGAACCAGUCCAGAUGAGAAAAAAGACUCCAGUUACAAAUGUACAGAGGGCAAAGUCAGAAGAGGAAAUAGAAGCUGUUGAAGCAUGUCGAUGGUUGAAGGAAGCCGGAUUUCCACAAUAUGCUCAGAUGUAUGAUGACUGCCAGUUUCCUAUAGAUAUUUCAAGUGUGGAAAAAGACCAUGAUUUUUUGGACAGAGACUCGAUGCAGCCAUUGGUCAGGAGACUUAGUACCCUCAAUAAAUGUGCUGUAAUGAGGAUAGGGACACCCACCAAAAAACUCGGUGAUGAAUCAGACGAUGAAGAUCAGUGUGCUCUCAGUGACAAGUGGAAAUAUCAACACAACAUCCGUCGCUGGUCUCGCAAGGAUUUGAGCAGCCCAUCUUCAGAUGGGCAGCCAUUGUCACCUACUGUUAAAUCGAGUUCAAGCAACGAUAGUCUACUAACGGAUCAAAACUCAAGCAGUGAGACUGGAGACAGUCCAAUCCUUGAUUCCAAGAUGCACCAUGAAAAGAAUAUGGCUAAUGAUGACUAUUUUGGGGUAAAGACUACUACUCCCCAUGAUCAUCUCAAUCCCUCAACAAGAACCUUAAGUCCGAGACUCAGGAGGGCUGCAAGUGAAAGAAUUAAAGGAGCUAAGAAUUUCCUGAAAAGGAUGGAAAGUUUUAAAAGUCGAAAAAAUAGGCGAAUUCAAAGGAAUGGAAAUGUAGAAAUCAGUGGACCUGUUGUGAUGGAUACAGAUGGAAUGCAAGCUAAGAUAAGGCAUUUGAACUGUAAAGAGUUGAGUCCUUCCAGUGAGGUACCCCCAACUCUUCCAACAGAAGAAAACAAAACAACAGAACCCUGGUCAGACAGUGCUACAAAUUACAAUAAGGACCCUCAGCAGACACCCGUCUCCCCCCAGGAAGUCAAUGACCCCAGUAGUGCUUUAAUCUCUACCCUGAAGUUCCUAGAGGACGCGAGCCAGUCCUCAACAGAACUCCACUCCUCAGUGAAAACUCCCUCCCCACUCUCAGGGCAUGUACAUCUCAGAAAACCCAACUUAGCUUGGAAAAAUAUAAGUGACUCUGAACUCUUUUCUUCAGAAACCUCUCCAUCAGUGUCUUUUAAGCUUCCCGAUGACUACACACCGGGAACAUUUCCUCGAGUGCUGCCCACAGGGUAUGUACAGACAGAGAGAGGUCAUGGAAUUAAUACUAGAACUGGCAGUAUUAGUUUAGGUAGUGAUAGAAAGGAUGACAAUGUGCCCAGUGGUGCCUCUGUCAAAAGACGGGGAUCUGCAGGCCCUCGAUUAGACUCCUGCAGAGUCAGUGUCUAUGACAAUGUGGAGCCCGAGGAGGAUUUAGAAAGUGCCCAACAAGAACUGGACUUGAUUCUCAGUAAAGUGUUCGAGGAUAUAAACGUUCUCAAUAAAGCCAUCUAUGGUGAAGAUGCAGAAAUAUUACAGCCCCCUCCCUCUUCUCACAAUUCAACAGUAAAUAAAUCGGAUGAUGAGAGCCAUCUAUCUCUGAAGAACUUGAGUGCUCUGGAGACAGAUGACAGUUUGAAUGGUGAUCAGGAUGUGACCAGUCGGACCAAUUCCUCCCCAGACACUAGUGAUCAUGACAUCACAACUGGGGAACUGUCGCACGAUGACUCGACAGAAAAUAUAGAGACUCGUGAGAGGCGAGACUCUGGUGUGGGGUCUUCACUCACUCGAGCUCCAAGUGACAGAAGAAGACAGAGAAUUCGCUGGCAUAGUUUUCAGAAAUCUCACAGACCAAGUGUGAGCGGGAGAAAUACUCACAUUAGCAGUCUGUCUGUGUGUCAACUUAUGGUGCUACAAAAACUCUCUCUGUGUCGUUUGACAGGCCUCAUAGAAAAAUACUCACCUAAUCGCUCAGGAUGGAACUGGAGCAUGCCGGGAUUCAUGAAACGCCAUAAGACUCCUAAUUACAAUGACCGUAAUGUGUUUGGUGUACCCCUUCUUGUGACUUUACAGAGAACGGGCCAGCCCCUGCCCCAGUGUAUGCUUAGUGCUAUGCGCUAUCUCAGGAAAACCGCCAAAGAAGCCGUGGGAAUCUUCAGGAAAUCAGGAGUGAGGACCAGAAUUCAGAAACUGAAGAAUGAAGUGGAAGCUAAUCCAGAUUCAGUGAACUUCCAAGAACUUCAGGCUUAUGAUGUGGCAGACUUGCUGAAGCAAUACUUUCGUGAAUUACCAGAGUGCUUAUUGACCAAUAAGCUCUCAGAAGUUUUCAUCAAUAUCUUUAUCUAUUUGCCCAGUGAGCAGCGUCUGGAGGCCCUACAGUCUGCCGUUAUCCUCCUUCCUGACGAGAACAGAGAAGUUCUUCAGUCCCUUCUUUUCUUCCUCUAUGACAUUUCGAUGCAGGCUGAGGAACAUCAGAUGACAGCCAGUAAUCUUGCAGUAUGCUUUGCUCCGUCUCUGUUUAACAUGAGUGGGACAAAGAGUGUGACUCAGAGCCCGAGUCCGCGAAGACCGAGGAAGAAUCUAGGUGUACCGGACGCUAGAGAACUUCAAGAACAGAAAGCUGCACAUGAGUGUCUGACGACUUUGAUCCAGGACUGCAAAAAGCUCUUCAAUAUUCCAACAACAAUGAUGAGCAAGUGCCGAUUCUCCUACAUUGAACAAGGGGACCCUGUAUCCCUGGAGGAAUUUAACAAGCGUUCAUCUCAGGAUGGUCAGUUGGAGUACCAGGCUUAUGUUGACACAGCCAUCCAGGGGUUACUGAAGGAAUCCAGAGAUAAGUUCAAAGGCUGGGUAUCUGUCAGUUCUGUCCCUACUGACCUGGACUUGUCUUAUAAGAAGGUGACCGAUGGUCAUCCACUCAGACUGUGGAGAUGUUCAGCAGAAGUGGAGGCUCCACCCUAUGUGGCACUGGACAGAGUCAAGGACGAGAGACAUACUUGGGACGAGGACCUUAUUAAAUGGAGAUCUAUAGAGAGACUGGAUUCCCAGACUGAGGUUUUCCAGUAUACCCAGAGUUCAAUGGCACCACACCCUGCUAGAGAUUUCUGUGUUCUCAGGUCCUGGAGAACAGAUCUCCCAAAGGGAUCUUGUGCCCUGGUGUCCACAUCAAUUGAGCACCCCCAGGCUGAGCUGAAUGGAGCCAUACAGGGGGUGGUGUUAGCUUCUCACUACUUGAUAGAACCUUGUGGGUCAGGAAAAUCACGAGUCACCCACAUCAGCCGCAUAGAUAUGAGGGGAAGAACACCAGAGUGGUAUAAAAAGGUAUACAGUUACAACUGUGUAAAUCAAAUGGAGAGAAUCCGCGACUCCCUGAAGCAAAGUACAGAUGGACCAGAGUCCACUGUGUGAAGAUAAGCUUCUGAUUAAGAUGAGAAAUCUCCAAACAACAGGGAAUUACUUCUUGUCCCUACACUGUGUGCCAAUGUGGCACCAAACUGCUGAAGUCCAUGAAGGGUUAAGCAUGGAGUCUUGGACAGAAAUCUUCUGUUGAAGGCCAUUGACACUGAAGUCUGUGAUGUAUUGGACAAAACCAUAAUUCUGAUUCAGUAGAGAACAAUAGAUAGUCACUGACAGAUGUGGGGUGCUAACCACAUGACAAUCUAGUGCUGUAAUAUAGAACAUUCCGUAUAGAUUAUAGAGGAGGGCAAAAUGUGUUCAUUUUAAUUAGCAUUACUGUUGAAUUUUGUAGAAGGGGACCUAGGUUCACUAAUGAGUAGCAUCUAAAAACAGAAUGGUGGGCAGUCCCCACUGUUGCCAUAGAGAAGGCAGCAUUAUGUCUGUUGGUAACCAUAGGAACCAUGCUAGUCAUGUGACCUGAUAUUAUUCCUUGGGAGUAGAGAAACUGCAAUAUUACAAAAUGCAUUUAUUGUUGUCCUGUGCCAUGUCUUGUGUGUAUUCCGUUGUAAAUAUUUGUCCAAAGUUUUGAAUGUACAUUGUACAGAAGUCAUUAAGAUACAUACAUGUUAUAAGUUAUGACUAUGUUAGACAUAAGUUACUGGCAUUGAGUGAUGUUAUAUUGAAUGUAAGAAUGACUGAAUUUUAUUUGAAUGUUUGACACUGUGAGAGAGAGAGAGAGGUGUACUUUCACUUUCUGUAAGAGAGGUACUUUCACGUUCUAUGAGAGGUACUAUCACUAUAUAUAUGUAUGCUGAUGUCCUCUGUGGCCAGACUCUGCUGUAAUAAUCAAACCAGUCCAUACCUCAUACUAGCCAGUCACACGGCUGAUUUAUUUAUCCUGUACACUAAUGCUCCCCCCCCCCCAAUACUGGUCAGAUGGACCAGUGUAUACAUGUAGAUGUUACAUUAACAUUGGUUGUGAUGUUUUAGGUAAAGAGAGUUAUAAAAUAUUCAUCAUUGAUAUUAUUCCUAAAGUAAACAACUCAACCGUACAAUCAUUAAGGAAAACACAUUGCAUGUAUCUAAUAAACUGCAGAAAUCCACAGAUUCUUUGACAUUGUGUAAAGGUAUAGUCAGCCAGUAGCUAUUAUUAAGAAAAGUGUAUUCAAAAACACCAUACUAUGUUAAACUAGUAUUUUAACGAUCAAGUUUACAUUUAUAUCUGUCAAAGAUUUUAAUUUCACUAUGUUACAUCAGGAGAUGUGUAGUCACACGACAGUGUACAGUGUCAAUAAUGAUAUUGUCAUCUCUAUUACCUCAGACCUAUAUAUAUAUAUAUAUAUAUCAUGAUUCCAUUGUAUCUGUAUCUUGUUAUGAUAUUUGUUAUUAUUAUUAUAAUGAAGUAAGUCAUAAAUAUUAAUAAAACAAGAAAAUUUAAAUGA